UACUCAAUAUAUUAGCAGAAAAAAAAAUAUUUAUAUUUUGCAACUUUCAAUCGCUUUUCAUGAUUUCAACCUUGAUUUAAAUAUUUCUUAAUUGAUUCCUUGUCUAUGUCAGUCUUUCAUUAUUAAUAAUGGGUUUGUUAACUGAAGGAUCCCCCUUAUCAUGGGAAGAAACAAAAAAGUAUGCAGAUCAUGUUAGACAACAUGGUGUAAUUCAGUUUAUAAAAUUAUAUCAUCGCUUAAAAGACCGGCAAAAUGAUUGUUUGAAGUGGGGAGAUGAGAUUGAAUACAUGAUUAUCAAGUUUGAUCAUGAAAGUAAAACUGCUAAAGUUUGUUUGAAAGCUGAACCUUUGCUUUCAGUUUUACAAGAAAAAGAGAAAGAAAAUAAUGGUGACGUCAAGGCAUUGUGGCGUCCUGAGUUUGGAGCUUACAUGAUAGAAGGAACACCAGGUAAACCAUAUGGGGCUUUAUCUUCACAUUUCAAUGUUGUGGAAGCUAAUAUGAAAUUUAGACGAGAUGAAGUAACUACCUUAUUGCAAGAGGAUGAAAGCAUACUAUGCUUAACAAGUUUUCCACGCCUAGGUUGUCCAAAUUUCACUGUACCUCCUACACAGAUUGACCCGAAAACAAGUGCCUUACGAUCCUUAUUUUUUCCUGAUGAUGCUGUAUAUGAUGGUCAUCCUAGAUUCAAAACUUUAGCUCGAAAUAUUAGAGAGAGACGAGGAAAAAAAGUAAUAAUCAAUGUACCAAUUUACAAAGAUGUGAACACUCAAGACCCUUUUAUUGAAGAUUUUUCUCAGUUGGGGGAUGAUGGUGAAGCCAAGGAAGCUGCAAAACCCAAUCAUGUAUACAUGGAUACCAUGGGGUUCGGUAUGGGAUGUAGCUGUCUACAGGUUACUUUUCAAGCCUGCAAUAUUACUGAAGCAAGAAUACUGUAUGAUCAGUUGGCAGGUCUUUGUCCAAUUGCUCUGGCAUUAAGUGCUGCUUCUCCUGUUCAUCGAGGCUAUCUUACAGACAAAGACUGUAGAUGGGACAUAAUAGCUGCAUCUGUUGAUGACAGAACAGAUGAAGAAUUGGGUCUUAAGCCUCUAAACACGAAUAGGUUUCUUAUAAACAAGUCUCGUUAUGAUUCAAUUGAUUCCUACCUCUCACCUGCUGGAGAAAAAUUUAAUGAUAUCAAAUUAGUUUAUGAUCAAGAUAUUUACAACAUGUUGAGGGAAGCAGGUAUUGAUCAUUUAUUGGCUCAGCAUGUAGCACACCUUUUUAUAAGAGAUCCUAUUUCAUUAUUUUCUGAAAAAAUUGAUCAGACAGAUGAAGAAGAUACUGACCACUUUGAAAACAUUCAGUCUACAAACUGGCAGACAAUGCGAUUCAAACCUCCACCUCCUAACAGCAGUAUUGGUUGGAGAGUAGAAUUUCGAUCCAUGGAAGUUCAACUUACUGAGUUUGAAAAUGCUGCCUAUGUAGUUUUCAUAGUUCUCCUUACAAGAGUUAUUUUGACAUUCCAAUUGAAUUUUCUGAUUCCAGUCUCAAAAGUUGAUGAAAAUUUAUCCAAAGCUCAAAAUAGAGAUGCUGUUCUUAACGAGAAAUUUUGGUUUCGCAAAGAUUUAACUACUUGUGAAAGCCCUCCUGUGGCUACUGCUUACAUGGCUAGUUGCUGUAAUCCUGAUGAAUGUCAAUAUAAAUUAAUGACCAUAAAUGAAAUAAUCAAUGGGAAACCAAAUGAAUUUCCUGGAUUGGUGCCUCUGAUACAAAAGUUUUUGACUAGCAUGGAUGUAGAUGUUGACACCCAAUGUACAAUUCAACAGUAUCUAAAACUGAUACAAUUGAGAGCUAAAGGUGAUCUAAAAACAUCUGCACGGUGGAUAAGAGAUUUCAUAGCCCAACAUCCAAAUUAUAAUAAAGAUUCUAUUGUAAAUGAGAGAAUCAAUUAUGACCUAAUGUGUGCUGCCGAUCAAAUAACUCAAGGUAAAAAAGGGUGCCCGGAACUUUUAGGCAAACCAUCCUCGAGGACCACAGAUGACAUUCCGAAUGCUGUGGAGAAAGCAGAAAAAAGUUAUUCCAAUUCUGUACUUCUACGUACUUCUAAAUAAUGCAUAUUUUUCUUACUAAAAUAAAUAUCAAUAAAUGUUAUGGAGAUUGCUGUAUAGAUUAUUAAAUAUAAUUGAAAAGCUUAGUCGAAGAACAUAUAAUGAUUGGCUGUAAGGCUACAAUAAUCCUUCCGACAGAUUUUGAAACCAAGGUUGGCAUGGUUUUGGACACAAUGGUUAAAAACCAUGACUUUUACCAUCCUGUCAAAUGUCUAAAACUCUUUUUGUCCAUGGUGAGAUUUUUUUUAUUAUCAUUAUUGAGAUAAUAGCAAUAAACUAUAACCUCCAUCCAUGUUUUUAAAAUUUUUUUAACAGUAGUUUUUAUACUUUUCGUUUUAUACUACCAAAAGCUAAAGACUUGCAAGGUCAGAUGAGUCUCUAUUUAAUGGUGCUCUACUUAAUGAUAGUCCAUUUAAAGACUAUGUUGCAAAGACUCUAUGUCUCUACUUAAGGGUGAAAGUUUUGAAUGUAUAGAAAUUUUUUUCUAAAUUGGAUGAUUUUCUAUUUGAGGAAAUAAGUUUGGUUAGAGGAUUUCUUUAACUAUAAUAAAGAUAUGUGUAAUAAGUGACUUAUGAAAACAUUAUAAAUGAAAAUGAAAGUAAUUUUGCAAAUGAAGUGAAAUGAAAUCACUGCCUUCUUAUACUAAUAUAUCUAUUGCUAUUCAAGUUUUAAGAAGAUAUAUCAUUUCAUAGCAUGGGAGAUAAAUUCUUUAAUAUGCUUGAAAAAGUGGAUAAAACAGUUAUCAAAACAAGACUGCAAUUGAAUCAAUGAAUAUUUAAAAAUUGCUUUUAAUUUUUUACUUUACUUUGUUUUUUUAAUUUGAAUUGUGCAAUAAAAAAAUAUUUUGGAAUACGCCAUUUUAUUUUAGACAUAAAAGAGUUAAACCCACUGAGUUUAGAAGUAUUUCAAUAGUUAUUUCUGCACAAAUUCUAUUUAAGGGACAUUCUGUUCUACUUAAAAAUGAUAUUUCAUGGUCCCUUUAAAGUUGUGACUGUUUUUUUAAUUCAAAAGGUUCAACUGUCUUUUUAAUUGGAGAUCUUGUCUUUGAAAUGCUAAAAAAAGAAAAGGCUCUUUUCAUAUAUAUUUUUUUCAUAGCUAUUACAAACUUAAAGGGCAAAGUUUUGUAGAUUCGAGUUUAUGGAAUAAAUCCUCAUUAUAUUUUAAAAUUUAUUAAUGCAAUCUUAAAAAUACACUGAAUUGUGGUCUUUCAAUUGAUAUUGAAUAUAUAUUUAAAAUAAAAAUAUUAAAAGAUAUAGUUAUGCAUUUAUUUUUAUAUGCAAUAUGUGAAUAAAGGAGUAGUUUUAAGCGUUUAAACUAUUUCAGAACUAUUGGAUUGGUCAGAAAUGUUCUAAAACCAAAUUUUUCAAAUUCAAUAAAAUGUCAGCACGUUCUUCAAUUAGGCUUUUCAAAUAAGAUCUGAUAUUGUAUUUUUAAAAUAAGUUCAAUUUAUGUAAAUGUUGUAGAAGAAAUAUGUAUAUAUCAUUUUAAAAAAUGUUUUGAUAACACUUUUUACUAUCACCUGUUAUUCUGUUGUUUUAUUUUUAAUAUUUUAACACAUUAAAGCACUGCUUAAAAUGACAUA